UAUUAUUGUGAGUGAAAUAAUAUAUAUGUCGACCAAGUGAGAGAAUGUUGAAUUUAUCUUCUUUUCAACUUAUUUAUUAAUUUAAAUAAGUGAAAAUUACCCAUUAAGUGCACAUUAUGAUAAUUUUUCAUUAAACCUCUGUCUUUAUUCUUUCCGUCAAUUAUAGUAAUUGCACCAUUAAGAGAUAGUAAGCAGUUAAUAUCUGAUGCACGUAUAAUAACUUCUUGAUGGACAGAAGUUAUAUAAGUCGUGCAAUUCUUUUGUAUUGGUUCCUUAAGCCUGACAUCUCAUUUAGUAAACUUACACUAUCAAAGUGAAGUGAGAUUAUAGAAGAUGGUUUAGAAGAACCCUCAACAUCCUCGAGCAAGAGUAAUCCUCAAACAAGAAAAAUCUUUAAAGCAAGAGUAAUGACCAGAGUAGGAUAGAUAGGAGAGUAUCAGAGCAGAGCAGAGCAGAGCAGCCAUGAAUCUCACUGCUCACUUCCACAUGCACACCUGUCUUCCAUGGAUUCCAAGGCACACUCACUCUUCUUCAUCAUCAACCAACUACAAUUCCAGGAGGUUUGUGCCUCGUCACUUCAGCUGGCUCAGGUCUUCACCAUUACACGGGCAUGGCAUUAGACCACACACUGAAGUAGGGAGGUGGGAGGUUGAUUUGCACAGGACAGUUUUUAAGUCCAAUUCUGAAUCUAGUACAAAUGUUCCUGAAAAUUUGAGCACCAAGUUCAUUUGGACAGAGAAAACUAAUAAUAGUUCUCAGGGUCCAGGAGCUAAAAACAUGAUAGAAUACAUGUCGUUGUACUUUGUACUGAAACUGACACAUACGAAGUUUGUUGAUCUGAUGAUAAAUGUCGUCCAAGCAAUAGUUCGAUAUGUGCCUCAGACUCUUGGUGGAACAAGCCUGCCACUUGCUUGUGUUUCUAAUGCCUUGAAUAAACCUACGCCUCUUAAAUUAGACGUCUCCUUGCCUUCUUUUCAUGAUAUUAGAUGGACCUUAGCGCGGUUGUUGUACUUAUUUAACAUACAACUCGAGAGAAAUGUUGCCACGUUCUUUCUGGUGCUCCUUGUAGCAUGUGUUUCGUUUGUUUUCAUUGGUGGUAUACUGUUCUUCAAGUUCAGAUUAUCCAGGGGCAGCAAUCAAUCUCUGGAAGAUUGUUUUUGGGAGGCCUGGGCAUGUCUUUGUUCAUCAUCUACUCAUUUAAGACAACCAACACGUAUAGAGCGUGUUAUUGGAUUUCUUCUUGCAAUAUGGGGUCUACUGUUUUACUCUCGUCUUCUAAGUACCAUGACCGAACAAUUUAGGAGUAAUAUGCAAAGGCUCAGGGAGGGAGCACAAAUGCAAGUUCUGGAGACCGAUCAUAUCAUUAUUUGUGGGAUGAAUACUCAUCUUCCUUACAUAUUAAAGCAGCUAAAUAAAUAUCAUGAAUUUUCUGUCCGCCUUGGCACCGCUAAAACUAGGAAGCAGAGAAUCCUUCUUAUGUCGGAUCUUCCAAGAAAACAGAUUGAUAGGAUAGCUGACAGUUUUGUUAAAGAUUUACAUCAUAUUGAUGUCCUUAGCAAGAGUUGCACCCUUAGUUUAACAAAAUCAUUUGAAAGAGCAGCAGCCAACAAAGCACGUGCAAUAAUUAUACUGCCAACAAAAGGGGAUCGGUAUGAAGUUGACACAGAUGCAUUUCUUUCUGUUUUAGCCCUUCAACCAAUUCCAGAGAUCGAUUCUGUCCCCACCAUAGUUGAGGUUUCAAGGUCCCAAACAUGUGAGUUGUUGAAGUCAAUCUCAGGAUUGAAAGUAGAGCCAGUAGAAGAUGUUGCUCCCAAAUUAUUUGUUCAAUGCUCUCGGCAGAAGGGACUUAUAAAGAUCUACAGGCACUUGCUAAAUUAUCAAAAAAAUGUAUUCAAUCUUUGCGGCUUUCCUGAUCUAGAAGGAAUGACAUAUAGGCAAAUAAGACAUAGAUUUAAGGAGGACGUUGUAUGUGGUCUUUACCGAAGUGGGAAAAUAUACUUCCACCCAAAUGAUGGAGAAAUUCUGCAGAAAACUGACAAAGUACUGUUCAUUGGAUCACUUCAGGAUACUAAAAAGCCACAAGUUGUAGCCACAAAUGGGGAAGAAAGAAAAGAUGUAAUUCCUAAUGAUGAAUUACUUGAAAAGGAUUUUGAUUAUGCCAUCGAAUUGAGUAAAGUAAGACUUGCUAAUAUUGUAAAACGUCCUAACAGAUCAGGUUCCAAGGCAUCAGACGGGAAUGUAGGACCAAAAGAAUGCAUUCUUUUACUUGGGUGGCGACCUGAUGUUGUAGAAAUGAUUCAAGAGUAUGAAAACUAUCUUGGUCCUGGAAGUGUUUUGGAAGUGUUAUCAGAGACACCAUUAAACGACAGGAUUAUUAGAGAAACCAGUAUCAUUGGACAUGACAAACUCAAGAAUGUUCGAGUUUCUCAUAGGAUUGGAAAUCCCAUGGACUAUGGCACUUUAAAGGAAACCAUUUUGAAUAUUCAGACUUCUUUGAAGAAUCAAGAUAUUCCUUUUUCAAUUGCUGUCAUAUCUGACAAAGAUUGGCUUCUUGGAGAUACAUCUAAGACAGAUAAGCUAUCUGCUUAUUCUAUCCUACUUGCGGAAAAUAUCUGCGAAAAACUUGGAGUCAAGGUACAACAUCUAGUUGCAGAAAUUGUCGAUUCAAAGUUGGGGAAACAGAUUGCUAGAAUCAAGCCAUCAGUGACCUAUGUCGCGUCAGAGGAACUAUUGAGCCUUGUAACUGCUCAAGUUGCUGAGAACAGUGAACUGAAUGAAGUUUGGAAAGACAUACUAAAUGCAGAGGGUGAUGAAAUAUAUGUGAAGGAUAUUAGCCUUUACAUGAAAGAAGGAGAGAAUCCAUCAUUUUCUGAGCUUUCUGAGAGAGCAUAUUUAAGGAGAGAAGUAGCCAUAGGUUAUGUGAAGAAGAACAAGAAUGUAAUCAAUCCAAUUCCAAAGUCUGAACCCCUCUCUCUUGAAAUGACUGAUUCAUUGAUAGUAAUAUCUGAGCUGGAAGGUGAACAACCUAUCAUUUUGUAAUUAUGAGGCUUUAAUCAUGCUGAGAAUAAUUUAGGAAAAUUCUGACCCCCAAAAUGUGGUUAUUGCAUUGGGGUGAUUGAUUAGGAUGACUUGUAUUGUUGUUACUAUCUCAUGUUUUGUCUAUAUUCUCUCUCUUUUUUUUUCAAAAUAAAUUGGUGCAGAACGAUGCUUAAAUGUAAAAUAUGGAAAUUUAAUUUA